AUGGUCGAUCGUCAACAGGUUCUGAAAACGAAGCAGGACUACAACAAGUCCCUAAUCACCAACCUCAAGGAAGCCCGGAAGGCCCGCUGGGAAGACUGGGAAAAGGGAGAAUUAGCACCAAUGCGUCAUGUUGGACCUAAUGCUACCGCAUUCGGUGCGGUGGACGUUGCUCUGAUGCACCCCCCAGCUCUCCCUCAACAUCUGCGUCGAAAGGAGAUUCUAUUCGCUGAAGGAGACCGAGUGUGUGUCGUUCGCGGUCGGGACAAGGGAAAGAUCAACGAGAUCACUCAGAUCAAUGUUGAUAGUGAGACUGUUAUUAUUAAAGACGUCAAUGUGGCCGACGUUGCAGUUCCUGAGUUCGCCAAAAUUACCAUGGGCAUUCAGACCGACACCAUCGUUCAGCCCAUGCCAGUCCCUAUGGAUCAUAUCCGACAUGUUAUUGCCCUCGAUUUGACCAACACAACAAAAGAUCACAUCGUACAGCACGCCUACGCUGGUGCACCGUUCCUCGAACGAGCCGCUGGCAGCAAACUCCCACGAUUCUCUCGCUAUGUCUCCGGAUUGGACAUUGAAAUCCCAUGGCCUGCCGAGCCCGAACCCGGUUUCGAAGUUGGCGAAUACGACACAAGAGGAAAUGAAGUUUCAGACGUAUCUUGGGUUCCCUCUUUGGAUAACCCACCUUUUCCAUCUACAGUCAUUGAUGAACUGCGCAACAAGUACUCCAGGUUCCGUACACGUCACGACGCCGACUAUGUGAAGAAGAUGGUCAUGGAGGAAUACCGACAAGAGUAUUUGAAGAGUCAAUCUCUAUUGACUCCUAAGGGAGAGGCUAGACAGCUUAGUGCUACUAGCAAUUCCGAGGCCAAGAAGGCCAAGUUGGAUAAGAACGGAAACGUCCUGAUGGAUAAGGAGACACGGACCUUCAUCAAGAAGUACUUCAAGACAAUCAACCCUCCCCAGGAUCAAUCGUCCGCUUGA